AGGAAAGUACUAUAAACCUAGGAGUGAAGGAGAUUCCAGGUCAGAACAGCCAUUCAACAACCACUUGACUUCAAGGCUGCCAAGUAUUGUAUUGUACCAAGCAUCCAUUAAUUUGGAAAGAAGUGAGAAAAAAGCUAGAUCUGAAACCCCUGAAGGUGUAAUUGUCAUUUUAUCUGGCUGUGGAUGAUUGCUGUUGUAUAUGAUUUACAUUCUAGUCUACAAUACUGACUCUAAUUUGACCAAACCUAGCAGAGAGUCUACUGCCUAGUUAAGCCUAAUAAUCAAGUAAAAUUGUGAAGUAGCAAGAGAUCUCGGAUUUAUUGAUGCGUUCUGAUUGGGAAACCUUUCAGGCGAUAGUUGUAUCUCACUGGUGAGGACAUUCAGAAGUAGGGGAGAUAUCAUUAAAGAGGCCCAAUCUCAGAUAGCCAUUCACUGUAGUUCAGCACAGAAGGGCACCCAAAACAGGCCUUUGAAAGAUGACAUUAAAUUCUGGUAGAUUCCUUUAGAAUACUAAUGCAUUAAUUUCUUGUGCCAGUUUUUAACAUUACAGAACAGAGAACUUCCACAUUUUGUUUUUGACAAAUCAUCAUGGAAGACUCUAGUUUAAAAACAAUUUUAGCCGCACCAGAAGAAACAGAAGAACCAUAUCCAAAGAAAUUUAAAAUUGAUAGCAAUCAAGUGAUCUUUCAGAAGGGACAGCAGCAGUUAUUUGAAGUAUGCAGUAAAGAUAAAAAAUCAGAAAAUAAAUUUCUCUGUUUUCCUAAAAUAUUAUGGAAUUUUAGUCAGCAUAAUUUGGAGUUACAAGAGAAAAGCAGUACAAAUCUAAAAACCAGUGUAAGACAACGUGCAAAUUUCAAGAUGUAUAUGAAUUCCAGUUUACAGUCCAGAUUGUUAGAAAAUAUUCCAUACAUUGGAAAAUGGCCUGCUAAUAGUUGUACUACUCUUAGGAAUGCUGCUUGCAAGUUAAAGAAAAAUAAUUCAGAUUUUAUAAAACUUGAAUCUUUGGUCUCAUAUGCAAAAGAAAGUGAAACAGCAAAGACUGCUAGUAUUGCAAAGGUAUGUGAAUGGCCAACAAGAGAUAUAAUUUUUUAUAUUAUCUUGGCAGAAAAAUUUAUUGCAAGAAUAGAAUCUUUAUUUGGAGAUGUGCCAGAAUUUCAAAAUAAAGAAAAGGGCCCAGGUUGUUGUCAUGCAUGUAAAAUGUUACAGUCAGAAGAACAUCUUAUUUCAAAACCAGUUAGAAGUGAUGAAAAUAGUGAUGAAGAAGUCUUAAAGUUCUAUUUGCAAUUUAAGAAUUUGAACUAUAAGAAUAUUUUACAUAAGAACAGUGAUAUUUUAUCCUACAAAAAGCAAAAAAAAAAUUCUGGAAAGAAAAAUUUCAGAAGAAACAAAAUAUUUCAGCACAUGUAUACAUUUUAUUCAAAAAAAUGUGGAAUAAAUCUUAAAUUAGCAAAUGGUAUUGCUUUUGAGCUGUUUUUACAAAGUAAAGGAACAGAUCGUUUCAGCACUAUAAUAGAAAAUGGUAUUCCAGUCCACAACUGCUUAAGUCAAAUUAAUUACCAACACACAGAAAAAUCUAAUGAAGAAGACACAAAAGAAUGGCUCUUAUGUCCUACAGAUAUUAGGGAAGAUAAUAUAGUUUCAGUGCUUUGCUAUGGAAAAAAACAAACAACAAACCAAAUAAUACUUUCUAAUAAUCAAAAUAGUGAAAGUAAAAAUUUCAAUAUUUUAGGGGAAGAAAGCUUGAAUAUUCUUGAAAAAAUCUACAAUUUGGCAGAUAGUUUUAGAUUAUUAAAUUAUCAGAUUUUAAUUCCAAUCAUGUUUAAAAAGUCAACAGCUAAAGAUUUUAAACUUGAAAUAGUUACAGUGGAACCAUUUGUACUAAAGAAAAAUAGAAAAACUUGCAAUCGAACCAGUGAUUUUUCUUCUAAAAAAUGUAAACAUUAUUUUGUUUUAAGAGCACAUAACAAAUGUGAAAAGAGAAUAUUUAGAAUAUUUAACAUUAAUUGUGCAAAUAAUAACAAACAUGGCCCAAAAUAUAUAGAAACAUGUAGUAAAGAAAUAAUGAACAAAACACAAUAUAAUAAUCAUAAGCAUGACAAAAAUAAUCCAUAUGAUUUUGUUGAUAGAAAAUCUCAUCUUGAUACAUAUAAGAAAAUUUGCCUCAGUUCUUAUUCAGAGGAAAUAGAACACAUUUCAGUCCUGGGAGAUGUAAUAAUUACUGAUGAAAAAUACAGCAAACCAUACAUAACUGCUGAUAAAGAAUUUACUAGCAGUCAUUCUGAAACAUUAACUUACAUUUGUGCGCCACUCAAGGCAUAUACAAAUGAUAGUUGUUUUUUAAAACAAGAUAGCAAAAGUAAGAUGUCUCAAUAUUUCAAAGACAGGCAGUGGCUAAAACACAGAAUUAGCGGUAAUUUUUUUCCAAUUUCCAAAAGACUUUUUAAACAUUUUCCACAUUUUAACCAAUAUUUUUCUCCCAACAUGUUUCAUAACCUUUGUCUAACCCAAAAUAUAGCGAUUAGUGUAGAAGCAAAGCAGGGUAAAACUUCCCUGUAUGGAAAAACAGCAAAACCAAGGUGCUUUGAAUUUGACAAAUUUAAGAGUAUUUUACAAUGCCAAUAUCAAACUACAUGGAUUUCAAAUAUCUUUAAGGCACCCAAAGCUAAAGCAAUAGAAAAUAUGAACUUUUGGGGUAGUAACAAUAUUUUGUUCAGUGGCACAAUUUUGUCAGAAAUACUAUGUAUAAACCAAACUGCUGAGGAAGAAAAUAAGACAAAACGUGCCAUUGCUGAGAGCUAUGUAAACAAAAGAAAUCAGCCUCAGAAUUUAUGUGAACUCUAUUUCAAAGAGGAAUGUGCAAAGUCUGUUAAUUCUGUAGACAGAUUAACAGCUUCAUGUUCCAUAAAACAAAAAGGUUUUGAAGGUUCAGCAGAAAGGCAUUUUUCUUCAGAAACUAACAGAAGAGAUCAAUUUGAUUUAGUACUGGAAGAGCUUCGUAUGUUCAAUGAAAUUAGUAAGGAAAACCAAAAUAGCCAGUCACAAACAGGAAUAAAUAUUCUUGAAAAGGAACCUCAUGUACUAAAUUGUUCUCACAACAUACCAGAUCAAGUUAGCAGAAAUAUUAAUCAAAAUCCCACCAUUUCCACAACUGGUAUUGCUAUGAGUUGUACUUCUGGGGUAAAGCAAAAUAGCUAUAAAAAAAGUUCAUUUAAGCAGAACAUACAAUUUGGAGAGCAAGAGAUAUCCCACAACUCCAGUUCAAAUCUAUCAGAUGAAGAAUUGUUCUGUUCAUCUUCUGAAGAACGUGCUCAUUGUAAACAAUCUUUCUCUUGGAAACCUGCAUUCGUAUCUCAAACAUUCAUGAAAGAAGGAAGCUAUAAUUUAACAACAGAAAGAGGAAACUGCUUACUCAGUGGAAUUAUAAGAAUACAGCCUCUUAAAACAUGUUGCGGUCCUUUAAGAGUUGGAUUGUCAAGGAAAGCUAAACUCAAGCAGCUUCAUCCAUAUUUAAAAUAGUUCACUAUCAACAGCAUAUUAAGCAAAGAUUAGUUUGUAUUAAAUGUUUAAAAUAGUUAUCACAUUCAUAAUUAAAAUAUUUCAUUAAUUUUGUAAUAUAUAAAGCGCUAACCUAUAAACUUACUGUGAUUUUAAAAUUAGCAACUGCUGAUAAAAAUAUUCUGUGAAAUGUAUGUACAAUACUGUCAUAUGUAAUAAAACUGAAAUGCAUAGAAAUCUGAGAUACAUUAAUACUCUUAAGUUAUUUUCAUUUAUUAAAGUAUCUUAUCAAAGAUCGUAUAGCUGUUUAAAAAAUAUCUACCAAUAGUCAAGUUGUAGAUCCAUUUGAAAGUAUUAUAGAAUCUUCUGAGCCAUAUUUAUUUAAUGGUAUUUUUAUGAUAAUAUUCUUAAGAUUAAAAUGUUUUUUCCUCCCUGGAUAUUGCUGUUAAAUGUUUAGUCUCAUGUACAAGACCUCACAGAACAAUCUAUACACAGAGUUAACAUUGCUGAGAAGAGAGGAAGAAUUUAUACAUUUAUUCUCCAUCUCUUUCUUUUGAACUUCUGUCAAAGUUAUUGGGAUGUCUGUUUAUGAAAUAGUGUUCUAGACCAUUUAUCUUACUUUUUCAUGCUCUAAGUCCAAAGUCUUAGACAUGGAUGUCUUUUAUCCAUUUCCUCUGACAUGUUGCUUAUGUAAGUUUGGAAAUGUUUCUUUGCCAAACUUGAGUUAAUGUUAAUGUAUCGCUAAUACUAAAGUUCUAUUUAUAUAUAUAUAUCUAUUUCUACAUUAUUAGAGCUAAUUGAUAAAGCUCUUCAGGUUGUCUGAAAUCCUAUUCUGGCAUUUAUUAAUUGAAAGCAAGAAUUCAUUUUAGUUAUAUUUUUCAACCAUUCCCUUAUUUUAUAAGAAUUAAAACAUUUUUAUGUUCAACUUUGUCAGUUUUGUGCUUUAUUGUAAUUUUUGAUUAUUUAUUUUAGUGUUAAUGAUGUAUGACAAAGGAGACAAUGGGACAAAACAUUAACAGCAUUGUUUUAAUGCCUCAGUGUCUAUAUUAAGGAUCACAUGUUUAUUUAUGUGGUUCAUUUUAUUUAAAUUAUUAAAUUAAAAUUGUCAGAGGCAACAAAGAAAUUAAACUCCAGUCAACAUUUCCAUAAUAUUUAAUUCUUUUCACCUUUCCAGCUGCGGCAAAUUCUAUAAACUUAGUAGAUAACUUCUUUCUACCUAAAAAUUGUCUCCAAAAUGUUCACUUUUUUGAUUAAUAAUUCCACAAGUCAGAUCUGUAAAAUUAGUUCUAUGACCUAAAAACAGCUAGACCUAAAUAAAUAAAAAUAUAUUUAGUAGAUAUGAAUGAGAGACUUAGUUGUUUAACUAAAGUUAUUUAUGUGAUAUCACAAAUUAAUACCUGUAUGUUCUGAAGUAACGCUUACUAAAACUUACUGAGAGCUAAAUGAUGCAUAUUUAUUUGAAAGAAAUAAACUGUAUUCAACUUGCUUCAGGUUUUUCUUUUAACUAUA